AAAUUUCAUGGCGAUUUUUUUUUUGGUUGGAAAAAGAGUGUGAAAUAAAAUAAUUCAUAAAUAUUUUGUUUGCAUUUUAUCAUUUUGUGAAUUAUUUUGUGUUAAAAAAUUAUUGACACAAAAGCUUUAUUGUAUAUUUAAUUAGUUUGAUUCAGAAAAUCAAAAGAAACCAUGAAUUUUCUAAGACAAACAUUGAAUGUUACGAAACAAAUGACAUGCCAGGUGUUUAACACAACUCUUUCAACAAUGCGUGAAAUGGCAUCCCUCAACCAAAUGCAUCGCCGUGGACCUCACAUCAAAACCCGCCCACCACGUCAACCCCUCGAUGGCAAACCUUUUGCCAAAGGUGUUAUCCUGAAAACGCUCAUCAAAAAACCAAAGAAACCUAAUUCAGCCAAUAGAAAGUGUGUCCUUGUGCGAUUGUCAACCGGCAAAGAAAUGGUCGCAUAUAUCCCCGGUAUUGGACACAAUCUACAAGAGCACAAUAUCGUCCUUUGUCGUGUAGGUCGAUUACAAGACGUGCCCGGUGUCAAACUGAAGUGUGUUCGAGGUGUUUACGAUCUCCCUCAUGUAAUCAAAAAACAAUAAAAAAAAAGUAACAAUAAAGUUUCCCUAAAAAUCA